ACUCCUCACACACCCCCACUGCUACUCAACUCUCUCUCAAGAUCUCUCUCGAACAGAACACAGUCACAUCUCUCUCUCUCUCUCUCAACACACACUACAGUGAUAUUCUGUUACCACUUCCCUUUCUUUCCUCAUUCUCGUAACAACUCUGUAAACCCAACCCAACCUCCGCUAUUUCAGCAACCACAACCCCCACUUUCUACAACUGCAACACCCCACCGUUUCAUCAUAUAUACAUAUACUUACAUACAUUACAUACAGCUUUUUGGCGUUUUGGGCUUCGAAGAAGAUGGACAAAAAACAAGGAUUCUUCACAGCAUUACGAGAAGAAGUGGUACGAGGGUUAUCCCCACGAAGGUCACGCGACAGGACUCCGGGUCGGGUCGGGUCACCCUUGUCGGGUCUACUCCGACGCCGCAAGGCCAGCUCCAGGUCCAGCAACUUGGGCAUCUCGGAGAAUGUGAUAUCGAGAUCCGGGUCGAUGAGGACUCUAACGCCGCUGAUGGAGGGUCCGGAUCCGGAUGGGGGUGAGAUUGGGGACUCUAAACGGGUCGGGUUGGGCCAGUGGAUAACGGGUCAGCUAACAAGAACACCAUCUUCUUUAAAUGCGAGUUUUGAUAAUAAGAAGUCUGAUUUGAGGUUGUUGCUUGGUGUAAUGGGCGCUCCUUUAGCUCCUGUUUAUGUUAAUGCUACUGAUCCUUUGCCCCAUCUCAGCAUCAAAGAUACCCCCAUUGAAACAUCGUCGGCUCAGUACAUAUUGCAGCAGUAUACUGCUGCAUCGGGAGGACAGAAGGUGCAGAACUCCAUCAGGAAUGCGUAUGCCAUGGGGAAAGUGAAGAUGUUGGCUUCGGAGUUUGAAACUGCCACACGAGUAAUGAAGAACAAGAAUGCCACGAGAGAUGCUGAAUCGGGUGGUUUUGUUCUGUGGCAGAUGAAUCCAGAUAUGUGGUAUGUGGAGCUUGCGGUUGGAGGGAGUAAAGUUCAUGCAGGCUGCAACGGGAAGCUUGUGUGGAGGCACACUCCAUGGCUUGGUGCUCACACUGCAAAAGGUCCUGCUAGACCCUUGCGUCGUGCUCUUCAGGGUCUUGAUCCAAGAACUACAGCUAGUCUGUUUGCUGAUUCAAAGUGUAUAGGAGAGAAGAUGAUUAACGGAGAGGAAUGCUUCAUCUUAAAGCUUUGUGCUGAUCCCAAGACAUUGAAGGCCAGAAGUGAAGGUCCAGCAGAGAUAAUAAGGCAUGUUCUAUUUGGCUACUUCAGUCAGAAAACAGGACUGCUUGUUCUCAUGGAAGAUUCUCACCUAACCCGCAUCCAAUCCAGUGGCGGUGAAGCAGUUUAUUGGGAAACUACUAUCAAUUCUUUUAUGGAUGACUACCGGCCUGUCGAAGGUAUUAUGAUUGCUCACUCAGGCCAUUCUGUGGUGACACUAUUCAGGUUUGGGGAAACGGCAAUGAGCCAUACGAAAACUAGGAUGGAAGAAGCUUGGACUAUUGAAGAAGUUGCUUUCAAUGUGCCAGGCCUAUCUUUGGACUGCUUCAUUCCCCCAGCGGACUUGCGAUCUGGAUCCAUCAGCGAAGCACGUGAACUCCCUCAGGGUGGAAGGGAAAUGAGUGCUACAGCUCUUGCAGUUCAUCGGGCAAAGGUUGCAGCACUGGAGAACACAAAUGACGAUGACAUGGUUUGGAAGGUCGAAGUAUAACCCUAGGAUAGCAGAAGUAAAUUAGUUUGUUUAUAUUGGUAGGUGAGGUAGUUUCUGAUUCUUACACAUAAAUUACAGAUAGAAGUUAGGUUGAUCGACUCUGUUCGCCUGGUCCUCUAUUGAUCUGUAAAUAGGGCAUAAAUAUUCACAGGUUCUUCCAAAACUUGGGUGAAUUUUUAUACUCUCACUGCAGGAUCCAACUACGGAGUUGGAGCUCAGUUAUCCCAGUAACGGAGGGAGCAAAGGGGGGUUAUAGUUUUUAUGUUUGCCUUCCAUGAAUGCAGAGGAACUCGGUGAAACUUCAAAGAGAACACUGUCGGUCCUAUGUUUUUCUGAUUUCUUUGUCUCAUGUAUGUUUCAUUAGCAGAACCUUGCUCUUGACACUAGUGUUUUUACUUUUACUUGUCCAUGUAUACUUUGUGUUGAAUCAGGUGGGUUGUUUUAUUAAUCUAUUUAAAAGUUUCUUGAUGUUUUAAGUCUA